UUGAAGGAGGGGAAGAGGCGUUUAUGCAUAUUAUUUGAAUGCAUGGUGCAGAUCGAUUUUUUUGGGGUGACUUUCCCAGCAAGGACCGCGUCCGCCGUCAAUCAAUCUCAUCCUGGACGAGUUUCUCCAGGUGAGUUUCUAGCUGAAGUCUGGAUCAAGAUGAAUCGACGCGGGUCAACCUCUCGGACGUUUUCAGAUUAGAAUGAACAUCAACCACCCAACUCGACGACGAACAUCUCCACUUCUCACCAAUUCGGCUCAAGACCAAUAGUCCUCCCUUACAUCCAAUCACCAGGCGACACCCGCCUGAUCAAGCAAUAUGGAGCGAACGGCGCGGUCCAACGACGAGGAGAAUCGCCCACCGAGUGAUUCAGCGCCAGUCGACCGAACUGAUCCGAAUCCUCAGCUCAGCUCUCCAAUCCUGCCGGACCAUAGCUCGGCCACGGUGCAAGCUGAUAUUGCUCGAGCAGCCCGAGAAAUGUUAAGUCGGUAUCCGAUCGGCACGACUCUAUUGAGACCAGACUUCAGCCAGUUAAUCAGCAAUCUCUCUGUCGCCGAUCCUCAUCCGACCGGUGAAUUCGAUCCACUCGCGCCGUUCCAUGAGAGCCUUUCGCUUGUUGAUCGUGGUUUGGUCCAGUCAGCCAACAUGAAUGCGUCCAGCUCGUCAUCCUCGAUGGUCUCGCCCCCGCUUUCGAUCGACCAGCUGAACUGGGUCCACCGGCAGCUCGGGCCAGUUAACCGGCUGAUUGAGCAGCAUACCAGCCAGCCUCUGUUGUUCAAGGACCUCCCCUACUCUCCCCUCCCCUCACGCGGUCUAGACCCCCAUCCGGCUAUCUCAAGCUCCUCAGGACCCGCCGUUACCCAUGCCAGCACACUCAAGAUACCAACACCGUCUCCUCUAUCAGAUACUCGACCGGCCUCCGACAGUCCUCUUCAAGAAACUACCGACCCAGUCGAAAUCAAGUCAUUCUACAGGCGAUUUGUGACUGAAACACUCCAACAGCAGCUCAAUCAAGCCAACCAUCACCAUCACCAGCAGCAACAACUCAGACAGCAACAGCCAGAUCAUCAGGCCCAGCAAGCACAACAUCAUUCAUCACAAGCUCAGUCUCACGCUACUCCCUUACCCCCUUCACGCCCUUCCUUCAGUACCGAGGGCUUGAUUCAAUCAGAGCAACCAUUCGAAGACUCUCAACGAGCCGAAUCACCCGACCCACUGGCAAUGAAUCUCGCCACUCGCUCCGCUCAUCGCUCUCGAUCAACAAACCAAUCCAAUGAACCAAAUUCUCUACCGUCUCCGCACCUUCCGAAAAAAAGACGUACUAACAAGGACGCCAAACGUAUCGCUCCCCCAUCAGGCAAGACCCCAACCUCACUCAGCGCAACCGGAACUCAUUGUCGAUCACAGGCCUCAAGUACUCCCGUUUCCAACCAAGACCCGUCGCAAAAAUUUCUUAGUCUGGUGGAAGAUGUUCUCGAAGCAGACGAUAUGAGCGUUCCUGCUCAGUAUUUCUGCACACUCGAAUCUCAAUUCAUCCUUUCGCCGCCUAUUUUAUCCAACAUCAAAACGUUUUUGGAGCAGACGAAUGGAGAAGCAAUUGAAAAAGUGCCAAUCGCUGAUUUGACCCGGUUAAUUAAGAUUCUAGAGCGAGGAGUCAAGAUUGUGGAAGACUUGAGCAUUAUCCCAGCUGAGCUGAAGCAAAAGCAGACACCCCGUCGAUCGUCAAACUCUGAUUCUUUCGCCGGUCGCCCUCCGUCUUCCAAACAACCAGGAUCUAAGAGUCGCAUGGCCAAACCCUCUUCCAAGAGGCGGCUCAAGACAGUUGUUGAAGAUUCUGUGGAUGGCCAAACAAAACCUCAAAACUCAAAACCAGAGUCUGAGCACGAGGAAGCACACAUAAAUAUGAUCGAGGAGCGUCUGAAGGAUCUUGUCAUUGCGCUGCAUUCAACUGAUGCGGCCCUUGCAAUUCUGGCUUACGACGAACAUCUACCAAAGCAAUUUUACUCUGAAGAAUUGAUCAGGUCUCUCGUGAAGGGCACAAAAGAUCAGCUCAACACUGUGAUUUUUCCUUUCGUCGAAGCCAAUAAUCAGAAAGGAACUCUGGACGCCUACUUACAAAAGCUCCGCCAAAUCAUGAGCCAAUCAAAAGUCAUUUCUAGUUAUAUUGCACAGAGCUUCUCAUUUUUCUCGACAUCAAUCGUGCCGAAGAUCGAUGUUCUUGUGAAACAAAUUGAUCUAUCGGAAUCAAUUAUCGCAAUUGUCUCCUACAUUACAAUUGCACCAUUUUUCGUUGACUGCGGGCCCAUUUUUAUUCUACCGAGCUCCAAUACAAAAUCGAGAAAGACUUCGCAGGACAAUGGCUCUAUGAAAGCUAUGCGCUUAGAAUGCUUGAAACUUCUCCGUAAUGUGUCGUCCAAAUACCCUGACCAGAGAAGCUGGAUUAUCGAAGAAAUUUUGAACUCCAUCCUCAAUCUCCCAGAACAAUCGGCCCGGGGCAGCAAGGCAGUUUACCACUUAGCAAACGGUAAAUCAAUCCAGACGUUUUCGGCGUUGUUAUUGCACAUCGUGCAAUCUUGUCUCUCUGGGACAAGGUCACGCGUUGGUACAAUACUUAGUUCAUCGACUCUAGGCUUUCUGGAUUCUUCUACUACGGAAACCACGGAUUUAACUACUUCACCUUCAGCUGCCCCCAAAAAAUCAGAUAGCGCGUCAGCUUUUGGUUCCGUCAAAGAAUUCAUCGACCCCGAGAUAUCGGCAGCUACAAAGCUAAGUAAGAAAAUCAUGUCGUUUUUGCUGCAAAAAUCCGGGAAGAGCACAAAGUCCAGUCAUGAAGCGCAGUACAGGAUCUUGUUUGAUAAACUAGUUGAAGACUUGAUCUGUGUUAUUUUUCUACCGGAUUGGCCGGUGGCUGAGUUCAUGCUGGGGUUAUUCUGCAAGACGAUGAUUGGUUUACUCGAGUCGAGCAAGGUCUCCGCAGAUUCAAAUGCUGUCAAGAGCAUGUGUCUUGAUUACCUUGGUCCAAUCACUGCUAAGCUUAUGGAGCCUAUUGAGCAGCGACUGGAGCCGUCACCAAUUCAAGCGACUCCAUCCUUACCAUUCAAGGCCAUCAUCAAGACUCUGGAUCAAAAAGCAAUGUCACAUCUGUUUCAACUCCAGAAAACCGUACUGACUAGUUUGGAAGUGAAGAACACAUCUAGUGACCUGGUCAACACUGCAGCUGAUUUUGCACAUGCCCAGUGGAUGUGCGAGAUGAUCAAUGCUUCAACAAGCUUGCAAAGCUUACAAGAUCAAUUCCAAACAGAUUCAGAGAUGGGGCAAGAAAUCAGCGAAGAGGAAAAGCAACAGAGCUCCAAGCGACUGGCGUUUCUUGAUCAUUUGAAUUCAUGCAUACGCCAAUUAGGAUCCAUGCAGCCUGCUCGCAUCACGUCUACAGUUAGUCGAGAUUGCAGUGAUGAAUUUAGCCCCGCAUUGGCAAUCGGAGCUGUGAAUGAAGCGAUCUCAAAAAUUCAAGGCUUGAAGGGCCUAGCUGAUGUCUUCCUGGACCGCAUCAUGGCUACGUCGGCCUCUCCUUCUGUCACGUUCCGCAGUAAGUCCAUCAAGGCUCUUGCGUUGGUUGUUGCAAAAGACGAAACCGUGUUCUUUCAGGAAUCCGUUAGAAAGGCUAUAGAAAACCGAAUGCACGAUAGCUCUCCCGCUGUGAGAGACGCUACGGUCGAGUUGAUUGGGAAAUACGUCGUCGAUCGUCCUGAUCUGGCCGUGGCAUUCCUACCUCAGAUAUCUGCGCGAAUUGCAGACAAGGGCGUUUCGGUACGCAAAAGGGUGAUCAAGCUCUUGAAAGCGAUUUAUCUCAUUCUCGAUCAGGACGAGUGGAUAGAUUUGAAAGUUGAUAUUUCGCAUCGCCUUAUAUCGAGAAUUUAUGAUGAGGAAACUUCCAUGAAAGUCUUGGCGAUGAAUGCCCUUGAUGAGUUAUGGUUCAACCAAUCUACUGGUGAUACAUUCAAUUUCAGCUUGACCAGUUCAAUUCUCAUGAAAGUUGCCGCUGCCUAUAAAGAGCUGCCAUCCCCUGUCGAGUCUGUUAUGAAAUUUAUCACCAAACAAUACGCCAAACAAAGUGACGCUUCGCGUCAGAAAUUCGACCAGCGCUGCAAAUUGAUUGUGGAACACUUAAUUGACCAAUUAAUGGAUGUUGCGCCCGCUCGCGAUCAAGCGUUUAGCGAAGUAGGGUGCAUUCAAACGAUUUGCAUAUUGACGUUCGCUUCUCCGAAGCUGCUAGAGCCAAACAAAGCGCUGAUGCUGCUGCCUUACCUGAAGGGCGCGACUACAGCCAGUGAAAAUAUGAUGGUUCAGUACUUGCUUCAAAUAUUCCGGGUCUGUGUGACAUUGAUUCCCAAGUCGUCAAGUACGUUUGGAGAGCAAUUGCAGCGGGCUUUGUUGGUAUUAGUCAACAAACCCAAUCUCAACGGCGGAGGAGCUGUUUUACAAGAGUUGAUUGCUUGUUUUUGUGCAGUGGUGAUCUAUCAAACGCGAGACUAUGACCAGCUGCUAAAUGUAUUCAAGGCUUGCGAGCAUAGACUCAGGAAUGAAAUGAAGCAACUGGAUAAUGGCUCGGUGAUUUCCAAUACCAAAUCACUACCUGUCCUAAUGUAUUUAGUCAGCACGGUCGUAGCAUACGGCAAAUUAGACCAGCUGCCCGCCGGACAAGAACGCGUCCGAGAAGCAUUAAAGACGAUCUCCCAGGAUUCAGCAAUUCACGUACACACCUACAUUCUUCUAUUGCAUAUUUAUGAUUCGAAAUCCGCGCAAAAAAUUAGAAACAUCACUUUGACAUGUCUUGGUUUCUUGUUUCGAGCCUUUCCAUCUUUGAUGACGCGCCACGAAUCAAUAAAUUUGAUGGAUAAUGUAUUCAACAAUCACAACGACGGCGAUUUACAGCACCGGCUGCUUAAGCUGAUAGUAGAAUCGAUCUCAAACCAGAUUGAACAAGGACAAGGCGAUGUUGAAUCUGUUGAUACGAAGGAAGUAGACGUAAAUCAGCUGAUUGGCAAUGUCGAUGCAUUUCCUGAUUCAGGUGUCAUAUCAGCAAUUGUGCAGCGGUACCUUCCACAAAUCACAACUCUCGCCCAAUCAACCAAACCGCACAUUCAGAAAACAGCAGUCGAAAUUAUUUCCUUUACCAUCAAGCAAGGAUUAACGCAUCCCUUGGAAUGCGUGCCUGUGCUGGUUGCGCUCGAAAGUUCGAAGGAUGUGACGAUUGCUUCACAGGUUUUCGCCUUGCACACGCUACUCCACAUCCAACGUGGAAACUUAGUGCACUGUCGCUUUCUCGAGACGAUGAACAAGGUAUUUGACUGCCACAGAAGGGCAUCUGGAACAAGCGCGUUUGCAAACGGGUAUUUGGGCAAUCCAACCCGAUCGGUGCUAGCAUCCUGGUAUACCCUUUUGAGCGAAAAACGGGUGUGGAGAUUGGCAUUCCUUAAGGCACUCAUCAAGUCAUUUUCGAUCGAUCCUCAGGCGGACAACGUCGAUCGCAGAACCAUUGCUUUUCAGCAAUAUCUAGCCGAAGCCCUGUUGACGUUGGAGUUGAAGACUGAGGAAGAAGCCAUGGUGCUCAUCGAGAGUUUGAACUGCAGUGUUGGGCAAUCGGCCUACCAAACGUUACAGCUACUUGAUGGUGAUCCACUAAAAGCCUUGUUAAGUUUGAACGCUUGGCGGGAGGAGGGUGAACACGAUGGCACCGAUUCCUGCUCCGUCAGCUCUGGUUUCAACAGCUCAAUUGUCUUGGGAAUCGCAUUCGUGUUGAGGGAUCUCUUAAAAGAGGCGUAUGGUAUCAGUGAUCAGAAACUGAGUAAGUUCGAAGCGGGCGUAGAGAAAGGAACGGGUAGCAAGUCGUCAAGGGAGAAGUUGAUCAGUCGAUCGAUAGGCGUGAAAGAGCUUGCUGAGCGAUUUGUUGUGGAACUGGAAAGGAAAGUGCCAGGGUUGGAUGAACGUCUGGACAAACCCGAACGGCUGCAGAAGCAAAUACAAGCGUUUGGGGAUCUAGUUCGAUAUGAUAGCGAAGUUUUGGAGAAGGAUGAUCACGUGGAGAUGCCAGGCGAUGAGGAGCACUCAUUUUCAGCUGAGGAUGAUGACAUUGAUGAAGAUGGUGAAGGGAUGUAA